UCCUUAGGACGUUCGUUAAUGCAAUUCAUGACUAGGGUGAUUGGCUGAUAGAUAUGACUGGUUGAUUUGUUCAAUUCGUUUCCUUCCAGUGAACCCUUUCUUACUUUACACACGACAUCUACUCCCCCAGCCGACGGUAAUUGACUAGAUACCCAAGGAGCUCCAACAUGGAUUUCGAGCACCGUGGCUUGAAUUCUGACCAGCCGAAGCGACGGAGGCGGAAUAUCGGGCGGAGGCAUUUGCGUAACAGAGCUCCUAUCGCUGCGCGCUUCACCCUAGACCACCAGCUGCGUGGAAGCGUCGGUGUUCUAUCCGAUGACUUGGCGAAUGACCUCUUUCAAUCCUCCUCGACUGAGGGGCAGGAAGAUACUGAAAUCCGCUACGUCGCUAUCUCACCGUACCUUCCGGGUUAUAACUCUGUUGAGGAUCUCGCGUGGACCGUCAUCCCCAUUCGGCCACAGUCCAAGAAUCGUUCUUACGGGACCCCGAUCCCUCACUCGACCAUUGCUUUCCCUGACUCUGCAGACUCGUUACAGCCAUUCAUACAGGCCUUGAGCAAGCUCGACCCCACACGCCAUACCCUCCAAGUCCAGCGAUCUGUCGAGAUAAGGGUUUUAGAUGUUGUCCCUUUGCACCUAGAUACCAUCUACGUCACUGUGGAGCGGAAUCUUCUGCGAAACCAUGACGAUAUCCAAAAUAAAUUCGCUGGCGGUUUUACUAAUAGCUUAAAUGAACCUAACGGGCUUUGGGCGAAGGCGGGGAAAGGAUUGGAUACCAAAAGAUAUUCCAAGAAGGCUGCGGCAGAGUCUGAAGAGAGGCUCACUGCUGCGGUGCGCGAGGCUCUGGGAGCGCAAAAGGUAGUACACACUGGUGAUGUACUACCGCUGCCACUACCACCGCAUCCCAUAACAUAUGCCCCACCACCCCCAGCGCACAUCUCGUUCUGUGAACCUGUCUCCCAGGGUCUGCUUAUGCCGGCGACCAAAAUUGUUCUGAUUCAAGCCCGGCCGCAUGGCUAUCGGACACAGCGAAGCUUGCGAUCGGGCUCAGGCUUACUCAAACAGGUCGCAGAAGAUGAGGCCGAUGAUACUUCCAAUGAGCAAUUCUACUCAGCUGCUGAAGAUAAGGCGACCGAAAGUAGUACGGAGGUAGAAAGUGCAUCGGCCGCAGACGAAUCGGAAACGGAGGGCUCGGGCGGGAACAUGAGUGACACAUCGGAUGACUCUUUGGAAGAUAUGAUCUCCCUUUCUGCCCCUGAACUUCCUCAACCUCCAUCCGGUGUUAUGUCCGGGAUGACUGCUGCGACGCCACGUGCAGGUGGCCGACGGGUCGACGGCAUCCACACUCCAGGAUCCGUGGCAUCGAACUUUACUUCGACUACCAUGCGCCCCGGUAGGGUUGGCGGCGGCAAGGUCUUUAAAGCGGAGGGUCUAUUGCGUGGCAUUCCCAACGAACUUUUACACCCCAGGCCCCGGGAGGAAGACGACUCCGAGUCGUUUAUAUUCGUGGAUAUCAGCACACUUGCGAAGAUAGGCUGCUUUUCUGGGGAUUGGGUGAGGAUCGAGGCCACAGAGGAGCCACAACUCAAUAUCUUUGCCUCGAUCAAAUUAGGAAGCUUCAAUGAGCAGAAUGAGGAGGCUGGUGAUUGGCGUGCGGUCAAGAUCUAUGGCUUGCCUGGCCUGCCAUCCGCCAAACCCCGGUAUUCAAUCAAUCAAUCCGAUGAGAGACGCCCCAGUAUCUCUCAGCGCCCUCCGCUGCGUUUAACUCCCUCGGUUUUUGUUCCUCCUUUACUUCUUAACAACCUCACCAACCCGAAAUUUCUCCGCAUAUCACCGAUGACUUUUGCCGGAGGCAAUGGAAGUUCGAAACCGGGUCUUUUGAACCAGAUGAAAGCAACCUCGGUCAGAAGCCCGCCUUUGGCAAAGGAAGUAACCCUGCUCAAAGUAUCCACUCCGCUUUCCAUGGAUCGUGCUCUUCAGCCAGCCUUGUUUGCCGGACUCAAGCAGUAUUUUGAGUCUAAGCGGCGUCUCCUCAAAAGUGGCGAUCUCGUGGGAAUUAGCGUCGAUGAAGGUCUUGGUAGAGCUGUAUUCGCAGGGCCUACUGCGAGCGAUGGAGCAGCUCCAGAUGAAGACCUCACUACUCGGUUGGGCCAAGCAGUAGAUUCUGAUCGUGCAGGGUCGAGGAAAGUCGGCGUCGCUUGGUUUCGCGUUGGGCAAGUAGUUCCCAGCUUGUCGGAUGAGCCAGAUGAAGCGAGAGAGGACCACUGGGGAGGUGUUUCCAUUAUUGAUUCGGCAACUACCAGAAUGGUGCAGGCUGGGAAUGAUGUGAGCAGAGUUCCAGGUACUUUGAAUAACGGCUGGGAAUACUGGCUUGGAGUGAAGGCCAUACCCAAAUCUGUCAGCGACAUCCAAACACCUCAUGGCCUGGUGACCGAAUCACCACAGCCAUAUGUACCAUCUCUCCAAGAGCGCAUCCGGGACCUGAUGUCGGUGGCUACAAGCCCUCGUGCGAUCCAGCUUGGUAUGAAAUCUGUCGUCAUCCUCUUAAAAUCUCAACAAAGGCACAUAGGAAAGGCUACUCUCGCAACACGGGCAUGCGCGGAUAUUGGCCUCCAUACUUUCUCGAUCGAUUCCUAUGAUAUACUGACCGAGGGUGGCGCAAAUGGCGGUGACGUGAAGACCGAAGCAUAUCUGAAAGCCAGAGCAGAGCGCGCAUUUCAUUGUGGAGCAAACUGCACAGCCCUUCUUAUAAAACACAUUGAGGUCUUAACAGCGGACAGAAUCAUCUCCGCCAUGAACGAGAUCGUGGCUGAUGCAAGGGUUAUCGUAGCAACGACAACGGACGUCGAGCAAAUUCCGGAGGGCAUUCGCAGCAUAUUUACCCAUGAGUUUGAGAUGGGCGCGCCCGAGGAAAAAGAGCGUGAAGGCAUUCUGCAUAAUGCUGUUUCUGAACGCGGCAUUAAGAUAUCUCCUGAUGUGGAUCUAGGCUCAGUGGCUCUUAAGACUGCUGCUCUAGUUGCCGGAGAUCUAGUGGAUGUUGUUGAACGCGCUUCUUCUGUGAGGGCUGCGCGCCUGGAGAAGUUAGCCGAAUCUGCAAGCAAACAUUCCCCUGGCUCGAAAGUUAGCAUCAGGGAUGUGCUCAUUUCCGGAGGUGAUGCAGCACGAGGUGUCACUAAGGCCGAUUUUGACGCCGCUGUUGAUGCUGCGAGGAAGAAUUUCGCUGAUUCGAUUGGCGCACCGAAGAUUCCGAACGUUAGCUGGGAUGAUGUUGGUGGUUUAACUAACGUCAAGGAUGCCCUCAUUGAAACCAUCCAAUUACCCCUAGAGCGACCUGAACUGUUCGCUAAAGGCAUGAAGAAACGGAGUGGUAUCUUAUUCUACGGACCGCCAGGUACUGGUAAAACCUUACUUGCCAAGGCCAUUGCCACAGAGUUUUCUCUGAACUUCUUCUCCGUCAAGGGACCUGAGUUAUUGAAUAUGUAUAUUGGUGAGUCCGAAGCGAACGUUAGGCGUGUCUUCCAACGAGCUCGGGACGCUCGCCCUUGUGUUGUCUUCUUUGACGAACUUGACUCGGUCGCCCCGAAGCGCGGAAAUCAAGGAGACAGCGGCGGUGUAAUGGACCGUAUUGUCAGUCAAUUACUUGCAGAGUUAGAUGGUAUGAAUGGUGGUGAGGAGAAUAGCGGCGGCGUUUUCGUCAUUGGCGCUACAAACCGCCCAGACCUAUUGGAUACGGCACUUUUACGUCCUGGUCGUUUCGACAAGAUGCUUUAUCUUGGUGUUUCUGAUACGCACGAGAAACAAGCCACGAUUCUAGAGGCGCUUACUAGAAAGUUUGCUCUUGCGCCUGAAGUAUCACUGAGCCGGGUUGCGGAGCAGCUGCCUUUAACAUAUACGGGUGCUGAUUUGUAUGCCCUGUGUUCCGAUGCUAUGCUUAAAGCUAUCACCCGCAAGGCGACAGCUGUGGAAGAAAAGAUAAAACAGCUACCUGGUGAACCUGUCAGCACUGCUUAUUUCUUUGAUCAUCUUGCCACUCCGGAAGAUGUAGCCGUUACGGUUGCGGAGGAGGACUUCAUUCAGGCACAGGAUGAACUCGUUCCCAGUGUUAGUGCCAAGGAGCUGGAGCAUUUCGAACGUAUCCGACAAUCGUUCGAGUCUGUUGAUAAGAAGCAAGAUUCUGGGGCGCAACCACCGCGAACUAUCGCAGAUGCUCUUGAGGCCCUCGAACUAGGAACUCACCUAGAUAUGGGUGGGCCUGUUACGAAUGGCGACCACCUCCCUACAGGAAGCGGCAAAGGCAAGGGGAAACAUGGAUCACAGCCCAUCCGGAGUGCGAGCAUUAACUCGACUAACAGCAAAGGGAAAGGCAAGAGUUCCAUCAGUACUGGAGAGAAACUGAAGAACAAGCCCAUCGCCUCCCCUGGCAACGAUUCUGAUUCUUCUCUCGAUGGUCCCAAUUCAGGAACCAGGGUUGGUAAGGGAUCUUCCCGCUACGAUGACGUUGGUGAGGAGGACGACGGUGUUGAAGAUGGAGCUGUGAAUGGUGAUGAGGACUACAUUGUUCGAACGGAUCAUCUCAUCCGUGCUGAUGGUGAUAGUUCGAAGUAAGCAGGAGAUGUUGAUGCUUAUUCGUAUCAACUUCUGUAAUAAUGUGGAAUGGGGCGAUGCUAGCUGUGUACAGGUAUGGGUGAACAUGUGUAUAUAUUACUAUAUUUGAGCGGCAUGUAUGUAUGUGUAUCUGGCGAAGAUGAUGGAUGAUGAAU